AUGUGGGCUCUGCGGGCCUUGGUCAUCACGUUGAGCAUCCAAGCAGGAACACUUGACCUGGUAGAAACACCUCCAGGGGUGAGCAGUCUCCCCGUUGCUGUGCCCAAUGUGAACACCCUUCCUCUUAACCUGCCAGCACCACCACACCUCAAAGGUUCCACCAACAAGCAAGGCUCGCCUUCCAAAAAGCAUCCAGCUGCCUCCAAGGGUGGCAAGUGUGCGCCUGCAGCCAGAUACUUCCUCUCCAGUGGCAAACUCCAUGACUAUCUCAUGAACAAGCUGCCCCCACAGAUUGAGGACAUUGUGAAGUGUGAUGACGUUAAUAUGGCAGGCGUGCUCGGGACACUGUUAGCCACACUGGACAACUCUGACCUGCUCUCACUCUUAGAUCCCACUUCCCUCCUGAAAGGGGCAGGUGGUCUUGGCCUAGAUGGUCUCCUAGGCAAAGGCAAAGAAGGGAAUGAGGAUUCCUCAAAGCCCUCUUCAGGGUCCAAGGCCACUGGAGGGCUCGCCCAGCUACUCCCAGGGGGCAGUGGUGGCCUGGACAGCUUACUGAAUCUUGGGGGAGACAAGGGCUCUGGGAAAGGUCUCCUGAAGGGAGAGGGACUCUCCAGUAUCGGGAAGCCUCUGCAUGACAUGGUUGAAAAUGUAGACAAUAUAAAAGACUCUGUCGAGGCCAAGGUGAAGGAAAUGCUCCCCAGUGACCUCAAAGACCCAGUUUCAGAUCUACUCAACAUAAACAUCAAAGAGCUUUUGCUUGAAUUAGAGGUGGAUGAAGUAACAGUGGACAGCACGGACAUAACCAUGGCAGCUGAUGAGAUCCACGUCCACUCCACAGUCACUGCCACCAUAGGCGGAAAAGGAGCACUUGGACCUGUCGUCAGUGCACUGCAAUUUGAAUCCAUCCUGGAAGUGACAAUGAAAAUUGCUGUUUCCUCCAACAACACUCAGUGUGUCAACCUUGACAUCCAAGACACCCACAUCCAGGUCAACGAAAUGCACAUUCAGUUAAUUGAGACAGUCACAGGAACUGUGCCUCUCCCCAUACCACUGCCAUUGAAUGAUGUUGUCCCAAUAGUGCUCUCAGCAGAGAUGAAUGAGAACCUGGAGAAAUCCAACUCCUGUGCCAUUGUUCUCAAGGACUUUAAUAACUGCAAGAAUGCUACCGGCUUAUUCAAGUACAAGGUUCAAGGUGCCAGGAUUUCUCCCAAAGGACUUUCCAUCCUCUACUGUGUUGGAGCCAAUUUUGGCAAAAGAACAGUACCAGUGAUUGGAGGUCGGCUGCCUCAAGAUCCCAAAAAUGCCACCAUUUCUGUAACAAUGUCCAAUUCAAUGUUGAAGAUACUGUUAAUAUAUGUGGCCAAGCAGAGCUCUGUCAAGAUGAAUGACCUCGAGGCCAACAUCACCAAAAUAACCUACGCCUUCCAGAAAGACAAGCACCUCAGAGUUUCCUAUGAGGUUGCAAUAACAAAGGAUAGUGGAGACUAUGCCACUGGGAAAACGCAAUUAAUCAUCUCCCAUGACAGCAAGAUUUCAAAAACCAAAUUGGUACCAAGCAUCAAAGUCACAAGUUCUGACCACAGAGUGGAGCCCCCUGAGGCUAAGGAAGAGGCUGAAGGCAUUUUGUCUGAAGUCAUGAAGAAGGCCUGGUCUGGUUUCAAUGAACUGUAUAAACAGAUGAAUAUUCCAGAAGGAGUGUCUUCAUUUGCAUUAAUGAAUGCCAAUGUCAAACCACUGAAAUUGGCCCAAUAUUGGGAGUAUGUCCCACAAUCCAGGUCCCGUCCAGAAUCCAUGAGCCCCAACAAGCCUAGAUUAGAGGUGGAUGAAGUAACAGUGGACAGCACGGACAUAACCAUGGCAGCUGAUGAGAUCCACGUCCACUCCACAGUCACUGCCACCAUAGGCAGAAAAGGAGCACUUGGACCUGUCGUCAGUGCACUGCAAUUUGAAUCCAUCCUGGAAGUGACAAUGAAAAUUGCUAUUUCCUCCAACAACACUCAGUGUGUCAACCUUGACAUCCAAGACACCCACAUCCAGAUGAAUGACCUGGAGGCCAACAUCACCAAAAUAACCUACGCCUUCCAGAAAGACAAACACCUCAGAGUUUCCUAUGAGGUUGCAGUAACUAAGGAUAGUGAGGACUAUGCCACUUGGAAAACACAAUUGAUCAUGGCCUAUGACUGCGAGAUUUCAAACACUAAACUGGAAACAAACAUCAAACUCAUAAGGUGUCAGCCAUAG